AUGCCUUUGAAGUUGACUAAUAGUACGUUCCACCGCCUCCCCUCUCACUUCCCCUCAUCCUUUCUCGUGUGGCUCUCACCUUCCCUCAUCCUUUCUCGUGUGGCUCUCACCUUCCCUCAUCCUUUCUCGUGUGGCUCUCACCUUCCCUCAUCCUUUCUCGUGUGGCUCUCACCUUCCCUCAUCCUUUCUCGUGUGGCUCUCACCUUCCCUCAUCCUUUCUCGUGUGGCUCUCACCUUCCCUCAUCCUUUCUCGUGUGGCUCUCACCUUCCCUCAUCCUUUCUCGUGUGGCUCUCACCUUCCCUCAUCCUUUCUCGUGUGGCUCUCACCUUCCCUCAUCCUUUCUCGUGUGGCUCUCACCUUCCCUCAUCCUUUCUCGUGUGGCUCUCACCUUCCCUCAUCCUUUCUCGUGUGGCUCUCACCUUCCCUCAUCCUUUCUCGUGUGGCUCUCACCUUCCCUCAUCCUUUCUCGUGUGGCUCUCACCUUCCCUCAUCCUUUCUCGUGUGGCUCUCACCUUCCCUCAUCCUUUCUCGUGUGGCUCUCACCUUCCCUCAUCCUUUCUCGUGUGGCUCUCACCUUCCCUCAUCCUUUCUCGUGUGGCUCUCACCUUCCCUCAUCCUUUCUCGUGUGGCUCUCACCUUCCCUCAUCCUUUCUCGUGUGGCUCUCACCUUCCCUCAUCCUUUCUCGUGUGGCUCUCACAUUCCCUCAUCCUUUCUCGUGUGGCUCUCACCUUCCCUCAUCCUUUCUCGUGUGGCUCUCACCUUCCCUCAUCCUUUCUCGUGUGGCUCUCACCUUCCCUCAUCCUUUCUCGUGUGGCUCUCACCUUCCCUCAUCCUUUCUCGUGUGGCUCUCACCUUCCCUCAUCCUUUCUCGUGUGGCUCUCACCUUCCCUCAUCCUUUCUCGUGUGGCUCUCACCUUCCCUCAUCCUUUCUCGUGUGGCUCUCACCUUCCCUCAUCCUUUCUCGUGUGGCUCUCUCCUUCCCUCAUCCUUUCUCGUGUGGCUCUCACCUUCCCUCAUCCUUUCUCGUGUGGCUCUCACCUUCCCUCAUCCUUUCUCGUGUGGCUCUCACCUUCCCUCAUCCUUUCUCGUGUGGCUCUCACCUUCCCUCAUCCUUUCUCGUGUGGCUCUCACCUUCCCUCAUCCUUUCUCGUGUGGCUCUCACCUUCCCUCAUCCUUUCUCGUGUGGCUCUCACCUUCCCUCAUCCUUUCUCGUGUGGCUCUCACAUUCCCUCAUCCUUUCUCGUGUGGCUCUCACCUUCCCUCAUCCUUUCUCGUGUGGCUCUCACCUUCCCUCAUCCUUUCUCGUGCUAAUGCCACAAACGAGAAGGCUCCAGGCUGGGCUGGCUUGGAUGCAGCCAUCCACAAGGCAGCAGGCCCCGCCCUCAAGAAGCUCUGGUUUGAGCUGCCAGUGCUGAGGAAUGGCAUUCGCUGCGAGACGGGAGAUGCUGUGACCACAGGUGCCGCCAACCUGCCAGUGCGCAUUGUGAUCCAUGCGGUGGGGCCAGUGUACCAGACACCACUUGCAUCUAGAACACCUUUCUGUUCAGAGGCUCAUACUCGCGCCUCCUCUACCCGCCCCAUACCCCCCUCCUGCAGUGCCGCCAACCUGCCAGUGCGCUGGGUGGUCCAUGCGGUGGGGCCUACGUAUCAUUCAGAACUUGUGUCAGCGCCCUUCCUGAAGGGCACCUACAGCUACCCCCCUACAAAGGCCGCCCAGGCAGCAAUCGAGGUCUUGUGCAACGAACCAUGGGGAACUGUGCAAGAGGUACCUUUUUCUCCUUCUCCUCUUCCUCUUCUGUGCAAGAGUCACUCCUUCUCCUCUUCCUCUUCUGUGCAAGAGGCACCUUCGAAUCCCAACCUCUCCGCUACCCCUCCCCCUCCAAAGCUUCAUUCCGUCGUUUUAGGUUCAAGUAUUUCCAGAAGUGACAAACCAUGGGGGUCCGUGCGAGAGGAAACUCCUUUUCCGUCCCCCCUCCUAGCUUCUCCCAUCGCCCUCCUCCCUUCUCCUAUCUUAUCUACUCCCCCCUUGCUCUCUUUGCCUUCUCCCCGGUCAUCGUCAUGCUUCUCCUCCGCCUCCACAGGAGACUUUUGA